UUUAUUGAGCUCGAUGUCUUCGGAAUCAUCUCCAAUCCAUGAUGAGUCACAUAUAAUGAUUUUCGAGCCAAUCGAUGGAUGCACGCGGCCAUAGUUCUUGCCCACGCCCAAGCCAAACGAGGGAUUUGCAGAAACUAACUCCAAAUCCUUUCUUUUUCCUUUUCCUGCCAAAGUUCCACCUCGUCAAUGUCGAAUGUUUUGCCGCUGGUUGGAAAUGCCAACCUAACUCGCACACUAAUCACUCUCCUUGAUAGUUGCAAAUCAAUGUUCGAGCUGCGACAAAUUCACGCUCCGGUUAUCACUUUUGGCCUCUUUCAGAAUGAUUCUUUUGCAUCAAGAAUUCUUUCCUUCGCUGCAACAUCUGAUUCAGGCGACAUGGAUUACUCAUGUCGUGUUUUCCUUCAACUAUCGAAUCCAACAGUCUUUAAUUGGAACACCGUUAUUAGGGGCUACUCAAAAAGCAAGAAGCCCAACAAAGCAGUUUCAGUUUUUGUUGAAAUGUUACGCGUUGGGUUCUCACCCGAUCACUUAACAUACCCCUUUCUUGUGAAGGCAUCUGCGCACUUGUUGGACGUUCGGCUUGCAGUGGCUGUACACGGCCACGUUGUGAAAAGUGGGUAUGAGUUUGAUCGGUUUGUUCGGAAUUCCUUGGUUCAUGCGUACGGUACAUGCGGGGCCUUAGUUUAUGCAUGUAAGGUGUUUGAUGAAAUGCCUAAUAGGAACUUGGUUUCGUGGAAUGCCAUGUUGGAUGCUUAUGCAAAGUUUGGAGACUUAAGUUUGGCGCGGGAAGUAUUUGAAUUAAUGCCAGAGCGGGAUGUGGUAUCAUGGAGCUCUUUGAUUGAUGGGUAUGUCAAAGAUGGGGAUUAUAGGGAGGCAUUGGCAGUCUUUCAACAAAUGCAGGCUCUAGGAUCAAAGGCUAAUGAGGUGACUAUGGUGAGUGUGUUGUGUGCUUGUGCCCACCUUGGUGCACUUGAGCAAGGUAGGAUGAUGCAUCAUUACAUGAUGGAGAACGGAUUGCCAUUAACUUUGGUUUUGCGCACAUCCCUCGUGGAUAUGUAUGCCAAGUGUGGGGCAAUAGAGGAGGCUCUGGUUGUGUUUCGUGGGGUUUCAGGUAAACAAUCCGAUGUUUUAAUUUGGAAUGCAGUAAUUGGGGGACUUGCAACUCAUGGAUUGGUUAAAGAGUCACUUGACUUGUAUACAGAAAUGCAAAUAAUGGGUAUAAUUCCGGAUGAAAUCACAUACUUAUGCUUGUUAUGUGCUUGUGCCCAUGGGGGACUGGUGAAGGAAGCUUGGUAUUUUUUUGAGUCCCUUUCUAAGCAUGGCAUGACUCCUAAGAGUGAGCAUUAUGCUUGCCUGGUUGAUGUUCUCUCUCGAGCAGGUUGCUUGGGCCAGGCAUACCAAUUUAUAUGUCAAUUGCCAAUAGAACCAACUGCUUCCAUGUUAGGUGCUUUAUUGAAUGGGUGUCUAAAUCGAGGAAGAUUAGAUCUUGCAGAAAUAGUCGGGAAGAAGCUUAUCGAGUUGGAGCCCAAUCACGAUGGUCGAUAUAUUGGUUUAUCAAACGUUUAUGCUGUUGUCAAACGGUGGGAUGAUGCAAAAACAAUGCGAGAAACCAUGGAGAGUAGAGGGGUGAAGAAGUCUCCUGGGUGUAGUUUUGUGGAGAUAUCUAGAACCCUUCAUAGAUUCAUAGCUCACGAUAAAACACAUUGUCAAUCUAAAGAAAUCUAUAUGAUGCUAAACUCUAUUGAUAGACAAAUGAAAUUGGAUGCUAAUUAUGAACUUGAAGAAUGUUGUUUGUACAUUGUGGGAAAUAUUUGAGUUGCAUUCUCCUCUUUUUGGUUCAAAUUCAAAUAUAUUAAUUUGUUUACAAUAACAUUUUUAAA